AUGUCAACACAUCCUGCCCCGCUCACUCCCAAAAAGUCCGGCCAGGAAUUCGAACGCAUUAUUGACACGCUCAAUGAGCAAUUCUCGCUCGCACUCCCAAACCCUAAGGUACUCUCCCCAGGAGCGAACAAGGACGUUGAGACUCCGCAGUGGCGGUGCUAUCGGCUGCUGCAGAGGCUGUACUACCAUAGAAAGGUGGUGAAUUUAAACCAGGUGUUGAACAACUUCGAGGAGUGGGUUUGUUCUCGGAAUGCAAGCGAUGCGGUUGUUAUGUGGGCGCGACAGGAUGGUUUGCCUGCUACUGCGCGUGCUGGGCCUGGCCUGGGCCAGGUUAAAGGGAUACUAGAUGCGCAGCAGAGGUCUCCAGAGCGGGUUAAGAUGCCGUUGAAGAGGCGUUUGUCCAUGUCUAAUGGGGAAGAAUCGUUGGAUGAGUUCCAGACGGCUCCGAAUUCGCCAGAGAAGGGUUCAGAUGGACCAGAGUUGGAUGAUUCGAAUAAAUCUGCGAAGACCUUGGAUGUAUUGAAUAGCGCACCCGCCUUUAUUGAGCGGUUGGCGGCGGCAUCUAGCAAGUCCAUCAGGUAUGAUGCUGUGCCUGCUACACAAAAUGGUGCCAAUUUCAGCUUUUCGACUUUCACAGCGGAUACGUCGCCCUAUGUUCUGGAGUUUCAUACUCAGAAGUUUCAACGUUCUUUUAAUUCAACGGUUACCUUCGCGACGGAGGCGAUUACAGAAGACUCUGGUUCAACAUACGAUGAUUCGGUAGCGGACCAUAUUCUCAGUGAAGCAACUCUUUCCAAAGACUUCACUUCCUCGAGCAACUCGUUUGAAGUACCGCGAUACUCUGCAAAAGGUGAAAUCGUGACAGAGCUUCUCCAGAGCGGGCCAUUCUCUCUCGACCACCCCUUCCCUGCGUGGGUUCCGCUUUUCUAUCGCUAUGAGUUAGAGAGGAUAGGCAGGGCUUGGGACGUCCCCUUGAACCUCAUGCUAGUAGGACGCAGCACGACGCUCAAUUAUAACGAAUUUUGGAGCUGUAUCGAACGCCACGGUCAGCGAGAUGGCAAGCCGAUUCCCGAAAAGACAACCCGCAAAGCCUGGGAUGCUGCGUGUGGGGGUACCUUCAAAACAGACAAACAAUCUGAGGUGGUAGUUCUAACCGGAGAUCUCGACUGGUGUAGCAAGUCCGAACCGGGUGUCUUGAAGCUGAAAUUGAAACCCUUAAAGACGGAGCGAUCGUGUCGUUUUCAUCGCCGUUAUGGGUCUGACCGUUUUCUUAGCCUGACCCUACCUGCCCCAACCCGGCCUCCAAAGCACCUUCGACUUCCCUCUCAUCCUGCCCUUCUACGUGAAAGCAUUGCUUUGUGGUUGACUCAAAAUCCGCAUAAAUGCCUGGGGAGAACAUGGAGGCCUUUUUACGUGGAAGAAGUCAAGCAGAAGCGGAAAAUAAAAGCUGAACCAAGGUUUAGGGUCGAUUUCUUUGCUAUCGACGGCAUUGACUUUGUCGGUCGGUUUGACGAGCCUUCUCAUAGACUAUCGGCGAAAAAUGAGAGCGCGGACAGCCACACCCCGAUGAGUCUCGGGUCUCUCCUUGAAUGGCAUCUAUCCCCGCAAACAAACAUUGGCCAGACUAAUCUCAAGCUGUUUCAACGAAUGUCUCUUGGCCUCUCAAAGACAUUUGCCACGGCUGUGUUGAAGCCUGAACAAGUUUUUUAUCUGCGGGACGACCCAAACCAUCGUGUCAUGAACGAUGGGUGUGCUUUGAUGUCUCGGCAGCUUGCCAACCAGAUCUGUGAUAGCCUGGGAAUCUCUGGCAAUACUCCAAGUGCUUUUCAGGGAAGAAUCGCUGGUGCCAAGGGUUUGUGGAUGGUCGACAGACAUCGAUCCCAGAUUGGGGGUGUUGAUGAUGAUGUCUGGAUUCAGAUAUCUGAUUCGCAAUUGAAAAUAAACCCACAUCCACGGGAAUGGAAGGAUCCAGUCGAUGAAGAGAAGCUAACCUUUGAGGUCGUCAAAUGGUCCAAACCUCCACAUCCCGUAGAUCUAAACAUCCAACUCCUCGCGAUCUUAGACCACGGGGGGCACGUUAAAGACUACAUCGCCGACCUUGCUAGGUUUGGAAUUCAAUCUGUGGCGCGAGAUUUUGAGGAAGUCUUCAGGACCAACAGUCCAAUUCUUUGCCGCAGUCUUGCGCAGAAGAUCCGACCAACCUCAGAUAGCGGCGCCGGGUUCAUGGCACAGAGCAUGAGACGCUUGGAACAGUGGACGACCGAUGACGUUGAGGCCAUAAUCCGAUUUUCGGAAGCUGGCUUUGCACCCCGAGAUUUUUUUCCGCUGCGCAGAAGACUUGGGAAGUGUUUGAGAAGUAUGUUGGAACGAUAUGUGGAGGAAUUGCGCAUUGAAGUGCCACUAUCCACUUAUGCCUUUUGUAUUGCAGAUCCAUACGGGGCCUUAAAGGAGGAUGAAGUGCAUUUUGGACUUUCAAACAAUUGGCGAGAUGACCGUGGCCAUUUUGAAGACAAUUUACUAGAUGGUAUAGAUGUCCUUGUUGGGCGUCUUCCUGCCCACCUCCCGUCUGACAUCCAACGUCGAAAGGCGGUUUGGAAACCAGAACUUCGCCACUUCAAAGAUGUUAUUGUUUUCCCAACGACAGGGGAAACCCCAUUGGCGGACAUGUUAUCCGGUGGUGAUUAUGAUGGUGACACGCCCUGGAUCUGCUGGGACCAGAAUAUCGUUCGGAACUUUUACAACUCGCAGCCACCCAACCAAGACGAAAGCUAUCCGCCGGAUCAUUUCGGGCUCACUAAGCAUUCCGUGCCGAUGAGUGAGAUACAGUCGAUGGGCGAGUUCCUCGAAAGCUCGUUCACAUUCAACCUAACCCUGUCCAAUCUGGGCCGGUGCACGGUAGAGCACGAAAAGCUGUCAUACGAUGAAUCUAUCGACUCACCGAGCGCGAAAGAGCUCUCUGUUCUGCUCAGCCACCUUGUUGAUGGGCGCAAAGCCGGUGUACAUUUAUCAGAAGCAGCUUGGCAGCAAUACCGCAAGAAGAUCAGCCCUAGAGCUCGGGAAUUGCCAGCCUAUAAGAACACAACCCGCAAGAAGAAGCCCAACAACAUAAUCGAUUAUAUCCGAUUCGUUGUCUCGCUUAACGAAAGAAAUGAAGUGUUAACCAAGCUACAGGAGACAUUCCCUGAGGCAGAGCACGCUCGUACACGGGAUCCAGAUCUUGUUCAGCCGUGGAACGAAACAGAAAAGAAAGCCGAGAAAAGUCAGCCCGUGCGUGCAGCACUGAAAACGAUUACUCGCGAUAUUAAAGACCUCAAACACAGAUGGGACCGGUCCCUUCAAGGAGGCGGUACCUCUUUCUCUCCUCUAGCCCUGGAGGCAGCCGAGCAAGCGCGAGCGAUCCCGCCUCCGACCUCCGGGGACGACCCGAUAAUCCAGGUUUGGAAACAUAGUCAAUCGGAAUGGCUUGAGCUGCUGGCAUCGUACACAUACAAGAUAUAUCCUGUGUCGAGUUUUGUCCUCCAUGCAUUCGGCGAGUAUCUUUGCCAGAUAAAGAGCAAGGCCCUUCCGUCUCGAACAGUAUCAAACGAGAUCCUGGCAUGUUAUCGGGUUAACCAGAAGGUUAUUGCGCGUCUACAGGUCCAGGACGGUGGAAAAGAGGAAGAUGAAGACGAGGGAGACGAAUAUGAAGGGCAUGAAGCCAUCGAGGCGAUGAUGUAUGGAACAGCAGGUGUUGGCGGAUACUACGACCCUGACGAUCAGAUGUCUGUAGAGUGA